AUGGGUGAUACAAAUGGACAAGUGGUAGCUGGUGGCCAUGGCGCAGGAAAUCAAUCGGACCAAUUGAAUCUUCCAAUCGAUGUAUUGAUCGACAAAGAGACGGAUAGUCUCAUUAUUUGUGAUCGAGAGAACCGACGAGUUGUACGAUGGUCUCGUCGUCAUGAUACAACACAAGGAGAAGUCCUCGUCGACAACAUUUAUUGUUAUGGAUUAGCCAUGGAUAACCAGAGAUAUCUCUACAUCUCUGACACCGACAAACAUGAAGUAAGACGAUAUCAAAUAGGAGACAAGAAUGGAACUAUCGUGGCUGGUAGCAAUGGUCGAGGUGCUGAUCUCAAUCAACUCGCAGCUCCGACCUACAUUUUUGUCGAUCAACAACAGACUGUCUACGUGUCAGAGUACUACAAUCAUCGUGUGGUGAAAUGGAAUAAAGGUGCAACAGAAGGUAUUGUCGUCGCUGGAGGUCAAGGUGAAGGGAAAGCACUGACACAAUUGUCGUAUCCUCAUGGACUGUUCGUCGAUACGUUGGGUACCCUCUAUGUGGCAGACACAGCAAACCAUCGAGUGAUGCGUUGGCCUAAAGGAGCACAACAAGGCACUGUCAUUCCUGAUGGGAAUGGUCAAGGAGCAGGAGCGAAUCAGUUGAAUUGGCCCAGGGGUUUAUCUUUCGAUCGACAUGGCAAUUUAUAUGUCGUUGAAGAGAUAAAUAGUCGUGUUCAACGGUUUUCUAUCGAAUAA